AACAUCAUGUGACUUUCGCGUCAACUUCGCGUUCCCGCCAUUCAGGGCAGGUUUCAGCACGGUUUGACAAGUAAUUCAUCUCACUCACUACAUUCCUCGCCAAACCACCUCAGGCACUGCCACUGCCCAUUGUUGGAAACUUGUGAGAAUGUCAUCUUUCUCUCAUGCCGUGACUGUGCUGCCUGCUCUCUCCACUUUAGUAUGAACAAUUGGACACUCCACCCGUUCAUCCGAGUUGCGAAAUCUAUAUCGUGAGCUGUUCUUUGUUCUCGUACAACGACACCUUUUUGGAUGACAACUGAGGCAUAAUGAACUCUCAGUAUGCCGCUUCCAUUCUCUCUGGUCUGUGAAUUGCUAGAGCAAUCCUUCCUUCUUUCUCUUAGUAAGAAGAGUUGCUCCGACACUGUCACAAAGUGGUUCACUCGCCAUCGCGAUUACGUAGAUGCUCACGAUACGGACCUCCCGACGCUGUUAUCGACACUUCUUCCUGAAAAAAGGACCGAUCGAGUUUACUGUAUUCAGUCUGCCCGCUUGGAGAGAAUCAUUGGCCGUGCAUACCUACUUGGCUCGUCAAGGAUUAAGGAGUUAGCUCAGUACCGCCAGCCAGGGUCUGUUGUCGAUUUGGCAGACUGUGUUUUUCGCAUCCUCACUGUCACAGUGAGUAUAGGAUGCCCGAGGCUUGGAAGGUGCCAGCUAAUCAUAUAUUAGCCAAGCCCUAGCUACGAUCAUAAAAACCUUGUUACAGUUGAAGAAAUUGACCAACUUCUUCAUUCUCUUGCAGCCAAAAUAAAAUGGAGCUCUCCCUCGAUUCGUGCCUCACAGGCUAGCCUGACUCCAAGCAACAGGGCUGAUCUUGAGAGCCUCUACAGAAGGUUGAGCGCAACAGAGGCAAAAUGGUUCACGCGGCUCAUUUUGAAAAGCUACCAGCCGCUCGCUCUAGACCCGUACCUCAUAUAUCGGCUGUGCGAUCCUAUUUUGCCCUGCGUUCUGAAGAUACAGGAUGAUUUUGCUACUGCGAUCACUUCCCUUCAAGCAAUACGAGGAAGGCUUCUUCCUAAUUGUGGGCGCAAAACACCCCGCGAACAGAUUAUGGGCGCAAUCAAACCUCAACUGGGUGUCAAAAUUGGACGACAACCUUGGGUCAAGGGGCGUAGCAUUAAACAUUGUCUAGAUAUGGGCCAUGGACGCAUGAGCGUGGAGGAAAAGAUUGACGGCGAAUACUGUCAGAUUCACGUCGAUCCAAGCAAAGGGGAUCAAUGCCUACAGAUAUUCUCGAAGAGCGGCAAAGAUAGCACAGAAGAUAGAGCAGCACUUCGCGAGAUUAUACUAGAAUCACUUAAGAUUGGACAGCCCGAUGCCCGAGUCAAGAAAGCGUGCAUAUUGGAAGGGGAGUUGGUUGUGUACGACGAUUCUCAGGAGAAGAUACUUCCGUUUCAUAGGAUUAGGAAGCAUGUGUCACGAAGAGGAAGGUUUUUGAACACAGAACUAGAUUCAUUGCCUGGGCCCCAGGAACACCUCAUGAUAAUUUAUUAUGACGUUAUGCUCUUGGAAGAUCAGUCUCUGGUCAACUUGAGGCAUUCGGAGAGAUUUAAGAUCCUCUCCAAUCUUGUCUGUUGCCGUAAAGGAUGGGCGAGCCUUGUUCCGCGCCAAGUUAUUGAUUUUGGACAGCCUCUGGGAGCCUCAACUCUUCGUAAAGCUUUUGCCAUGGUUAUUUUGGCUCGGAAAGAAGGUCUUGUCUUGAAACCAGAUGAGCCAUAUUUCGACUUUACAGACCAGAGACGGAAAUUUUCGAGCUGCUGUAUCAAGCUCAAGAAGGAGUACAUUGGCAAUUUUGGAGACGUUGGCGACUUUUCGGCUGUCGGUGCCAGAUAUGACCCAACAAAAGCGUUGAGUUACCGAAUUCCAGGGCUCAAGUGGACUCAUUUCUAUAUUGGCUGUCUGGACAACAGGCAAGCAGUCAAAAGCUGGGGCGCUACACCAGAAUUUACCAUUGUCAAUGUUGUAGAGCUGAACGAGGCUCUCCUGAGAGAAGUUGUCACUUAUUCGAACCCGGAGCCUGUUUCUCCCGACGACAAUGAGGCACUGGUUCUCAAACUGGCUCCCGGAGUUGAACGAGGGUCACCGCCGACGUUCAUAUUCACCAGGCCAUUGGUUUUUGAUUUGAAAUGCUUCAGUUUUGACCGAGUGGGAAAUACUGGCUUCUGGAGCCUCAGAUUCCCUUCGGUGACCAAAAUUCACUUUGACCGGGACUUCACUGAUACCAUAUCUUUCGAGCAGUUGCAGGCACUGGCAAAGGAGGCUACCACUGCCGGCAGACUAGAAGAUAGCCAGGAGAAUCUGCAGUGGAUUGCAAAACUCGAAGCAGCUGACCCUCGUGGUAUUGCUGUUGACGCAGUGAGCCAGUUGACAGUGACUACUAUGCCAACACCGUCACCUCGCAAAUCAACACAAAAUACCACCUCUACGCAGUCUCCAACGUCGUCUUUGGCUACCAAGUCACCAGUUGAAGCCACCCCUUGCCGCGGCCGAAGCGAAAGACUUCACAGGGCCCCAUCUUUGGAUUUGCCUUCCAUAACAGCUACGCCAUCUUUGCGAGCUGACCCAUCGUCACGCACGAAAUUGUGCACCAAACACAAACGUGACCUGCCCUCCACUGUACCAACUUCGCAGCACAAACGCUUGAAGAGCAGCAAUGAAUCAUCGAUAAGCCAAAAAGACUCCCCACAGAUUGAUCUUGCUUCACAACCACGCGCGCCUCUAGCCGACAGGGACAACAACCCGCGACCUCCGCCCGCAAUGUCUUCUUGCGCACUAUGUUGUCCUGCCUCUCCAAGUGAGAGCUUCUUUGGAGAGUCCAGCAACUCCGAUGGGGUUAACGCUGGAGUCCUACAGUUCAUCAUCGACCCAGGCACUGGCGAGCUUCAGACAGAGACUGAACCUGAGCGCCUGAAACCGUCAAUAACCAAAGUAACGGCGGCAUUGGAAGGACAAUGUGUGUAUGCUGGCGAACACUGCAUGCUUGCAAAGGCAGUUGUACUCGUUUCUCCCGGCCUUCUCACCAUGAAAGAAGAAGCGAAAACAUUUCUCGCUCAGCAUGGUGUUGACACCCCUGUCACUGACAUCGACGCAUGGCUCAAAGCCGAGAAGGAGGCCAGACAGAAAGGGAAAACCACCACACCUUCAAAGGCGUAUGUUGUGUGCGAUAGCGACAACAAACUUGCGUUCAAGCACCUGGCAGGAAAGUUCAAGGAGCUUCGUAAGGACAAUCUUUUCAACAAAGGCACGCACAUCGAAAUUCACGACUGGCGCUUUUUGUCCUAUCUUACGACACAAGAAGACGAGUCUAUCGAAGAGAAAUACUUUCACGGGUUCUCUGACUGGCGCAUGCGUUGGAAGCUUCAUACUAUCUAAAAUUAGGAACCCAGUGAUGGGAAAUCCGGGAUCAAAACACACGGCCGGCAGACCACACUAGUUUAUGAUUAACAAACCACUAUAUCGAUAAAACGAUUGUGCUGUCCUAUCAUGUGUGAUGUAACUAUAUAACUAUGAUUUUUCCUC